AUGGAGUCUCAAAAAGAUAAAAACACUGAAUUAUUGUAAAGUCUACUUACCUAAGCAAAUUAAUUAAAAACAAAUUUCAACAUGGAAUAUCCUCAGAUCAUUAAAUAAUAAUUAUUUACUUUUAUUGAUAACAUUUCUUUCUUCAAUUUAGGUAUUCCUGAAGUUAGUAGUACAAAUCAUAAUUUCACUGGAAAUCAUUAGGAAACUAACAUUAUAAAUCAAAGUAAUUUUGGAGAUUUAAAACUAACAUCUGACUUAAUCAUGAAGCUUGUUUCUAAUAAAUCAAACUUUUGCUCUGACUAAUUCUUAAACAAGCUAAGUGAGAUUCUUUAAAGAAUAAACCCUCUACUUAAAUAGUUUACUUUCAACACAGCAGUUUUCAAGGAGAACAAAGAACAAAUUGAUUUUUCCAAGAUUAGUGAGGAAAAAAUAAAUUUGAUAGAAGAAUAUGUAAAGCAUUCAAUUGCUUUGUCAAGAGGGGAAUAGUAAUAUGAAUAGGAAGUAAAGGAUAGUUUAGAAAUCAAAUAAAUGACUUAAAUUGUAGAUUCUAAAAUGAGUUUCUUGAAAUCUAAAAUUGUUUGCAACUUAGUUUAAGAAUGGGUAGAGAGAUAGUGUGGUAAAUAAGAGAGAAAAUGGUUAUUAUGA